CCUGCGACCCGCCGCCCUCGCUGAAGUACAUAUAGGGGCGCGAAAGCGCUGGGAAGCGUCUUCAUAGAAGACAGUGGGAGCGAAGUGGAGAGAAGAGAUCGCGAAAGUCUUUCCUUUGGAGGCGGAGACGUGGGGGAGAUGGAUCUCCUCUCGGCGGCGGUGGACGCCAUGCCGCGCCAGCAGCUCUUCAACUGCGGCCACCCGGCCUGCGGCGCCGCCUUCACGCGCGAGUGGCGGCUCAGAGAGCACCAGACGGUGCACACCGGCGAGCGGCCGCUGGCAUGCGAUAUUCCGGGCUGUGGGUUGAGGUUCUCAAGGAAGGCUCAUCUGAGACGCCACCAGUUGAAGCACACCGGGACGAAAUCAUUCAGUUGUACCCAUUUCGGUUGCUCCCAGUCCUUUUACAGCUCGGACAACCUGAAGAGACACGUCCAAUACGCUCACGGCGAUAAGGACAGCUAUUUCAAGUGUACUUCUGAAAACUGUGACAAGACCUUCAGGAAACGCAAAGCUUACAGGAUUCACUUAAAUGAGCACAACCCUACUCUGGCUUUCAGGUGUCAGAAAGACGGCUGUGGGAUGACCUUUGAAACCAGGGCAGCUCUCAAAGCCCACCAGAAGACCCACGCAGGGUACCCCUGCCGUGAUUCCAGCUGCCCAGUGGUUGCGCCCACAUGGGGGAAACUCUGCAAGCAUAUGGCGACGCACCCAGGGAAGUACCUGUGCCCGCUCUGCCCGGCCGAGUUCAAGACGCGCCAGUCCCUGCGCCGCCACAAGCGCUCGCACACCCGGGAGAAGCCCGUGCUGGCGUGCCCCAACGAGGGCUGCGCCGCCUCCUUCACCACCGCCUUCAACCUGCAGCACCACAUCCGCAAGGAGCACCUGAAGCUGUUCAAGUACCGCUGCUACUACCCCGACUGCCCCAGGGUCUUCGCCAUGCGGGAGAGCCUCACCAGGCACGUUGUCCAUCAUGACCCGGAGGGGAGAGUGAAGCUGGUGCAGCAGCGGUCCAGUAGGAAGUGGCAGAAGAGGCGGGGGGGCGGCGGCCAGCGCAGGGCGCUCCUGGUGGAGGAGGACCUCAGCCGGCUCUUCGCCCUGCGCCUGCGCUUCCCCGGCCGCGGCAAGGUGGAGGCCGACCUCUCGGGGCUCUUCAACGAGCGCAAGAUCCCUCACCACGUGGAGCCCGAGGUCAGCCUGCGGGAGCUGUUCGACCUGAAGCCCAACAGGGUCGUCAACGCCACCCCUUAGAGGCCCACGCUGGGGGGAGUGAGUGUUCGCUCUGGAAAUGUUAAAGAGGAUUGGAAACUAGUUUUUUCUUUACUACACAAUGCCUCUGGGUAGGGGUUCCUGGCUGUUGAUCUAUAAUUUUAGCUGAGUCUUAAGUUGGGGAGUUUUGCCUUUGUUUGCAAUAAACUGCGCUUUCUCCUUUUUUUUUUGAAUGGCAAGUUGCUGCGCAUUGCUUUGUUUACCUUGAUGGUGUUGAGAGGCUUAUGUAACUUGGCAAAGUGAAAUUUGUAAAGCUGGGCCCUUUCCAAUAAAGUGCAGGAUUUUUUUUUUUCUUAUG